CUAAGCCUUCGCCUCGUUCCCAUUUCCUCAAAGACGGCCCCCUCGGCGUGGCGUCGAACGAACCCUAACCCUAAGUCUUCCUCGAUCGAUCAAUCGGUUCCUUGGUGACAUGGGGAACACCGAGAAGCUGAUGAACCAGAUCAUGGAGCUCAAGUUCACGUCCAAGAGCCUGCAGCGGCAGGCGCGCAAGUGCGAGAAGGACGAGAAGUCCGAGAAGCUCAAGGUCAAGAAGGCGAUCGAGAAGGGCAACAUGGACGGCGCCCGGAUCUACGCCGAGAACGCCAUCCGCAAGCGCACGGAGCAGAUGAAUUACCUCCGCCUCUCCUCCCGCCUCGACGCCGUCGUCGCCCGCCUCGACACCCAGGCCAAGAUGCAGGCCAUCGGCAAGUCUAUGGGCUCCAUCGUCAAGUCCCUCGACUCCGCCCUCACCUCCGGCAACCUCCAAAAGAUGUCCGAGACCAUGGAUCAGUUCGAGCGACAGUUCGUCAACAUGGAGGUCCAGGCCGAGUUCAUGGAGGGCGCCAUGGCCGGGUCGACCAGCCUCUCCACCCCCGAGACCGAGGUCAACAGCCUCAUGCAGCAAGUUGCCGACGACUACGGCCUCGAGGUCUCCGUCGGCCUCCCGCAGGCGGCGUCUCACGCCAUCCCACCUGCCAAGGAGAAGGAGACCGUCGACGAGGAUGAUCUCUCCAGGCGCCUCGCUGAGCUCAAGGCCAGGGGUUAGCUCCUGUGCCAAGGUCCUUGGUUGUGCUCCUUAUAUUUGCUUAUAUUCAUGUAAAACCCACCUGCAAAUGGAACUUCCUAGAAAUGGGAUUAUUGAAAGGAAUCCACUUGCAGUUCAGCUACUGGCAUGGGACAUAGUGAUGCAUAUCAUGAAAGUUCUCUGCAUGCACUGCCAUUAUGUUGGUUUUACUGGAGGGUUGAGAUUUGCUGAAAUUCCUAUUUUCCUUAUAAUAUGCAAAUUGUGAAAGAGGGACCGAAUGGAUUUAGAUUUGGUUUAUUCUUCCCUUUCUGAUCCAUCCUGUUGUAUAUAUUUUGAUUAAGAAUGAGAUAUUCUUUGGACCAAAAAUCACAUCAUGUAAAGUUGGAAACUGUAUACGAUGAACGAAAACUGUUUGAUAUAGCGACAUAUAAACUCAAAUACAAAGGGGAUAGAGAGCAGAUAAAAUUCAUAUUGGUGAGGUGGGGUAAGCAGCCCGCCCUGACCAAGGUGGCAUAGUGCCAUGGUGAAUGUGAGAGGUGGUCGAAUCUGAAGUUAGAGAAAGGACUCUUCUGUGUUAGAAACAACUAUCGUAGUAGUUGAAAAACAAACCGACCAGUCAGGUUAGAAGUUCUGUUCCAGAUUCUAUGCCCAUAUUCCUCUAUUUAUUGUCCGAUGCCCAUAUUCCUCUAUAUUGUUGGAAGCAAUGCUCUGUCUUUAAUCAAUUCUAUACUCUGGUAGCUAAAUUCAAUUCGACUCUUAAGUAAUAGCAGUGAGGUUAGUAGUUUUCUGCAUCUUGGUUGUCUUUUGUCAGUAGAGUGAAAGCACCUCCUUAGAAAAUUGCUUGUGCUAUUUGGUUAAAACCAUUGGAAAUGGGUCGCUGAAACUAUUAUUUGUUCAAAUUAAGCCUUGCUAGAAACAAAUUGACGGAUCUUUACAUUAACAUUCUUGGCCAUGAAAGGACCGAAUUAAAGAAGCACAAUUCUUGAUAAUUUGAAAAUAUCCGUAUGUUUGGCUUUAUAUAUCUGGUAGCUGAUAUCUCGAAUCCUUAACCUGCUUGAGUGAAAACAGAUGGUAAAUCAUGAUUUGGUUGUUUUCGUAUUUUGCUGCCUCUUGAAUUUGGCUGUGUAUAUGUAUACAAGUAUUUUUUUGAAGGCGGCAUGAAAAAAAAAACGUUCAAAUGUAAUUAUCUGCCAUAAUUUCCUUGUUAUAUAUAUGAUGUCCGACCGGAAUGAUAAGCCAGUUAUCUUCAUCCUAAUUAUACUUUAUUACUGUUGAGUAGACAAUUUUUUUAAUACUAUCGUCCGCGGAACCUUUAGCUUGUUAUAAACAGAAUGAUAGUUAA